CACACACUCCACAGAGGGACUGCUCACUUCCAUAGCGACAGCGAACGGGCAUGUAGGACCAUCCGGAUGGAAAAAUGUUGGUCGGCUACUGAGCAAAUAGAAGACUCUCCAAGCAAUUAUUCAAGAGUGAAAGAAGAAUUCGUCACAGAAAAUGGCAACAAUGAAUCAGCAGAUGACGGUGGCGUCUCCCUGCACCCAGGGCCUGGUGGACAGCUCUCAUCCCCAGGCGCUCCUCAGCAGGCUCAACGAGCAGCGCUCCCAGGGCCUCUUCUGUGAUGUCACCAUCGUGGUGGAGGAUGUAAAGUUCCGGGCCCACCGGAACAUUCUGGCUGCCUGCAGCGGAUACUUCCGCAGCGCCUUCACCUCCCCUGAGGUGUGGACUUCCAGCCAGGUGCUGGAGCUCAUGGACCUGAGGUCUGAGGUGUUCGCCAGCAUCCUCAACCUCAUCUAUUGUUCCAAGGUGACAUCAUCACCUAGCACAGAGGACACUAGAUGCCUGAUGGCAGCUGGAAAAAGACUGGGGAUUCCCUUCUUAGAGAAACUGGUGGAACAAGACAGGCAGGGCUCAGGUGGGCCAAAGAUCCAGACCUCAACCAACCCUGUUAAGACCACAGGCCGUAGUAAGGCCCGUGGGCCCCGUAAAGCGAAGAAGGAGACCUCCAGGCCAGAUCAGCUGGACAGUGCAAGAGGCCCGCGGAUCACCAAUGCUUUCUCUAUCACUGAGGUGGGUCCCGGGAACAACCUCUUCACCCCACUAGACCUGCACAGUGGGGAGAGGCAGUCACCUGACCUUGGACAGACCCCAGCGGGCUGCCCUGUCCCCUUCCCCCUUGCGGUGGACAAUGAGCCCAUGCAGGCACUGUCAGAGCACUCCUACGCAGUCAUCAGCCAGGGACCCAAUGCCCCUGAGCACAGGGCUGGCAACCAGGAGGACAACAAGAAGCACACCAAACCCACACAGUCCCAAUCAAGGCAACUAGCCAACAGGAAUAGUGGCCCACUCAAAAAGCGCCACAGACUACGAGCCGCCUUGAAUAAAAGCACACCUCCAACACUGGCUGUAGCACUUGAACCUGUGCAUCCUACUGGAAGCAGCCCGUUAUUAAUUAAGCCCACUGUACAACCUGUGGGAACGUCACCCCCGUCAUUAUACCCGCAGACAGAUGUGCAUACAAGCAGGGCCAAUGAGCUGUCUCUAGCCAUGGAUAAUGGCUACAGGGAGCUGGACCCACCUCCACUUUCACCCCACACGGAAGAUAGCAUAUCAAUCUAUGGCUGUGAGCACUGUCCAGAGAUAUUCACCAACAAAGCACUUCUCACCGUACACACAGAAAUGCACAAAAAAAGGUUUGUCAGUCAUUUGUUUUGCAAGUUUUGUCGCAGGAAGUUCAUGCAUUUGAAGCGGUUGCGGAACCACGAGACGGUGUGCCCGAAAGCACAGAGGGGCUCGCCUGAACACGAGCCCCAAGGCAAAGAGGACGGGGCAGACCAUUAUUCAGACAGCAUGCCAAGCARGYACAAUACAGRAACUYAUGUCCAGUUAUCUCCUCCUGAACUCCCUGACCCUUUCCUUCCAACCAGCCUCCAAAUGAACCCCACGUCAAAAACACUGCAGGCUGUAGAUAGGUUAGUGAAACCUAGUGGAGGCCAGAGGGUCUAUAACUGCAGUGUGUGUAAACGGGCAUAUGUGACCGUCUCCAGUCUGAAGCGCCACGAGAAUGUGCACUCCUGGCAGAGGGCGUACCCCUGUCACUACUGCAAUAAAGUGUUUGCCCUAGCCGAGUAUCGCACCAAACACGAGAUCUGGCACACAGGUGAGCGUCGCUACCAGUGCAUCUUCUGCUUAGAGACCUUCAUGACCUACUACAUCCUAAAAAACCACCAGAAGGCCUUCCACGGAAUCCAUCCCAGAUUGUCUGUGAGUAAGAAGUCAGCAAAUGGUGGAUUUAAGGGCAGCGUUUACCCCAUCAAACUCUACAGGCUUCUGCCUAUGAAGUUUAGAAAGAGACGGUAUAAGACUUACAGUCAGACCUAUUCAGAGGAGCUGGAGGUCAGCGAGCAGGCCCCGUUGGGCUGCAGCUCUCCCAUCCUUCCAUUUGAAGAUGUUGGCGCUAUGGGUAAGCAAGAUGCUGCUUUAUUCUCAAUGCCUGUGACAUUCAUGGCCACUCCAAAAGUGGUAGCAUCAGUAAUGCCACGCAUCAGUUUUGAUCAGCCCUGUGACCAAGAUGCAGGCACAGGAAAACAGGCCUCUCACUCCAAACGUAAUGGGCCUCCAUAUAGCUAUACCACCCCCUUGGCCAUAAUGCAGGCAGGUGGGGAGUCCCCUGCACUGGACUAUGGAGAUGGUGCUGCAUUCCAAGGUUUUAAGAACCCGGAGGGCAACAGUCARAAUCUACCYWUCCUAAAAAURAACCCACKCAGCUCUCUYAACAGGCUAUGUGAGCUCUCAGCUGCAGCKCAYAGAAUUGAAGCCAUGACCAGUCAGCUUUUUAUGCCAGAGGCUGAGAGCCUGGCGCCUAGCAAGACUGCAAGGGGGGAAACUGAAACGUACAUCGCCACGCCUGCGUGUCCAGGUCCCUCCGUGGAUGGUCACGUUCUGCCACUCUGCCAGAUCACAGUGAAAAUUGGCAACGAGGCCAUCAUUCGCCGGAGGAUCAAGGGCUCCAAGCUGUUCCCCAGGAAGAGGAAAAGAAGCAGCGGGAGCCAGGUAGAGGAGAGGUGUCGGGACCAGGGCCGACCUGCAGAGGGCAGCAUGGAGAGCUCCAGCCUCCGCUUCAGGACAGAGGUAACUUCUGUCAUAGAGCCAGAGCCAUGCGAUGACCACACUGACCGUGAAACAGCUGACAAGCUCUGGCGUCCCUAUUACUCUUACAAACCCAAGAAGAAGAGUAAGAAACUGAGAUCCAAACACAGAAAAGAGAGACGUCAUCUACGCUAUUCCAUGACAUCCUCAAUAGUGCCCAGGGCCAGAAAAGACUACCUGGAUAAAGGAUGCAGAAGCGCUGAAGAGAGCAUCUCCAGCGAGGGCACAGAGCUGAAACAACGUCUCAGAAACACCAGCCCAAAGACGACGUACACCUGUGACAUCUGUGCAAGCACCUUCAUAACGGCAUCGGGUCUGAGAGCACAUAUCAUUGGCUGCCACCCAACUUUCUGUCGGACCUGCGCAAAGCAGUGUCCCCCCAGGGAAACCUCCAGUGCCAGCUGCGAGACCGCUGAGGACAGCAGGGAUUACAUAUGCAAGAGCUGUUUGGAAAAUGGCUCCUGCUUUGACAAUUGUGCCCGCAGCCCCAGCACAGAGAAGCGGUAUCACUGCUCUUUCUGCCCCCAGCGCUUCCUCUACCUCGCAACCAAGAAGAGCCAUGAGAAAAAACACAAGGAGACAGCAGGAAAGGGGUACAGCAACGACGACUACCCCACAGUCCCAAAACGGCCAGCAACUUUGGACUUAGGCCUAAAUCUGAAAAAGCUUGUCAUCAAAACAGAGGAAGGGGAGGAUCAAUAUAGCAUCGACAAGGAGAGCAAAGCACCAGCGGGAUCACUAGGCAGCUUUUCAACAGAGAAGAUAGAGCCUAAGCARGAGGAAUGGGACACCUUUUCUCUUUCCCCUUCAGAGAUGCAGUAUGGAAAGCUUUCCCCUUCAGAAAAGCAGUAUAGAAAGUCUAAAAAGCGCUUUGAACACAAACGGCAACAUCAGAAAAGCCUCACUUCCAAAAGGCAGAAGCAAGUAGACUUUAUGGGUAGAGAGACACCCAGUCAUAAYGCCCCUCUGACCACACCAGGAGAAGACAGUCAUUUUAGCUAUGGGCAGUCUUCUUCUACACGUCUGAAAAGAGAUUCAGUCACCAGGGGAACCACUCGCCCAAGUCAGAGAAGUGUACAUACAGUGUAAAGAGGAGUCCUCUUUACAAAGAUAAUACUUAUCAUUCAGGAGGGAAAUACUUUUAAGUGACUAUAUGCCUAUGCAGUAAGUUGCAGACCAACAGUAAAAUACAUAUGUCAAUAUGCUGUGCUUGAUAUAGGUUAGUUUGCCCGAAAUAAUGGACCCAAACUAAAUCAAGCGCACCUCAAGUACUUUGAAAACAUAAUUGGAUUAUUAUGUUUUUGACCCAGGUCUGGAAAACAGAUAUAAUAAGUUGCCAAUGAACAGCAGAUAUUGAAUAUGAGGACCUAACUGACAUCUAUGUAAAUUGCAUUUUCUUCAUUCUUAUAACACAAAUCUUCUUUUUUUUAAAGGGGAUUUAUUUUUGUACUUUUUCUUUGCUUUUUGAGACUAUUUCAUAAUGAUUGUGCUGUCCAUAUUCUAUACAUAUGCUAACUGUACAUAGUUAUUUGCACUUUAUAAUAAUUAGAAUUUGACUGUAUAGGCUACCAUUCAUAUAAAUAGUCUGUCCACCACUUUGGUAGUGUCAUUACCACUGACAGCACCACGUGCACCAUCGAAAUGAAUGACAAUCCCCAUGUGUGUCUUUUAAAAUAAUAUACAUGACGUGUUACAAAGUUGACAAACUGACAAGUUGACAAAAUGCAGUUUGUGUGUCAGAGGGAAUAACUAAUUAAUGAACUAGUAGAUCAUGACAAGAGGAGAGCCUGUUUUGAUAUUCACGUGUCUUGGMUUAUUUAGAUAAAUAAACAAUCAACCUGUCUGGAAUUGCCAAGAAGAGCUGUUAUGCUACAUUCUGGAAUUCAGAGGACUAAUUAUUGCAUGGCACACACACACCCUCCUGUUGUUGGAUGAAAUAAGUACACAGGAUAUGGAGCCAGAUAGCUGCCAAAAGGUUGAACGU